GCUGCGAUGGUCCGUGAGGGGGUCGUCGUGAUACCGGUCUACACGAUGAAGGCGCUACUGAUCUCAGUGGCGCUUUUUAACGCCUUAGAUGCGUUCUCAUUAUCACUAUUCUCUAAUCAGCCAACUUCACCAUAUUUGCAUCCAUUAUCACCACCAGAAACAGAUCCAGCACCUGCCAGAGCCAAGCGGCAAGCGUAUCAAGUCUAUGUUGAUGGCGAUUCAUCCGUUAGUCUAGACAAAACUGGACAAACUGAGUCUGGACCAUGGGGACAAUGGACACCCGAAGAAUGUUCGCGAACAUGCGGUGGUGGUGUACAAAUCGAGAAGCGUCAAUGCUCUGGAGAUUGCACCGGACCAUCAGUUCGGUACGUCUCGUGCAAUCUAGACCCCUGUGCGGAUGGAACGGAUUUCCGCGCGGAGCAGUGCGCUCAGCAUAAUGACGAUGCUCUUGAUGGCCACUACCACAAAUGGCAACCUUACAAAGGCAAAAACAAAUGUGAAUUGCUUUGCAAACCCGAAAAUGGUAAUUUCUACUACAAAUGGGACGACAAAGUCGUCGAUGGCACCAAGUGCGACGCCAAGAGUGACGAUAUCUGCGUAGAUGGUGUAUGUCUACCGGUUGGUUGCGAUGGAAAACUUGGAUCGGCUCUAAAAGUCGACAAAUGUGGAGUCUGCGAUGGCGAUGGCUCCAAAUGCAAAACUAUAGAAGGCAUGUUCGAUGAACGUAAUCUGUCACCGGGAUAUCACGAUGUGAUGCGAUUACCCGCCGGUGCCACCGCAAUCAAGAUUGAAGAGGCUCGACCGAGCUCAAAUAACCUGGCUCUGAAAAACUCGUCGGACCAUUUCUUCCUCAACGGAAAUUCUAUGAUCCAAGUGGAAAAGGACGUCGAAGUAAAUGGUGUUUAUUUCGAGUACGAUGACUCAAAGCCAGAGCGAAUCACCGCCAAGGGACCACUGAAGGACGACGUUACCGUAUCCGUCCUCUUCCGCAAAGGGAACCGCGACGCUGCAAUAAAGUAUGAGUUCUCCAUUCCUAUUGUUGAAGAUGUCGACUAUAUGUAUAAGCCUGGAGAAUGGUCCGCAUGUACGGUAACAUGCGGAAAAGGUGUCCAAACCCGAACGCCAUACUGUAUUGACACAAAAACGCAACGACGUGUAAAUGAUGCAAUGUGUGACAAUGCUAAUGCUACCAAGCCUGAGUUCGAGAAAGAAUGUGAAACUGUUGAUUGUGCAGCCGAAUGGUUUGAAGGAGAUUGGGAACCGUGCUCACAGAGUUGUGGAGACCAAGGAGAGCAAUAUCGCGUGGUUUACUGUCAUCAGGUCUUCGCUAAUGGCAAGCGUGUUACCGUUGAUGAUGCCAAUUGUACUAGCGAACGUCCAUCAGUACAGCAAACAUGCAACAGGUUUUCUUGUCCUGAAUGGCAAGCAGGUCCAUGGUCAGCUUGUUCUGAGAAAUGUGGAGAUGCUUACCAAUAUCGUUCAGUAACUUGCCGAUCAGAAAAAGAAGGAGAAGAAGGAAAAUUGCUUCCUGCAGAUGCUUGUGACCCCUCACAAACCGUCGAAUCACAGAGACCUUGCAACCUUGGACCAUGCGAAGGUCUUAAAUUCUACACUACCGAUUGGAAAUUGUGCUCCAAGUGUAACGACACCGAGGAAACUCGUGAGGUUACCUGCAAAGACCAAAUGGGUAGAGCUUACCCAUUGGAGAAAUGUUUGACAGAAGAUGAGAAGGAAAUUCCGCCAGACACGAGAUCUUGUGCUACCCAACAACCAUGUAUCUACGAAUGGACUGCCAGUCAAUGGUCCAAAUGUUCGACAGAAUGUGGUCAUGGACACAAAACUCGACGAGUGAUCUGCGCAAUCCUUGAGGAAGGCGACAUCACGAUCGUCGAUGAAGGCCUGUGCAGCGGUGAUAAGCCUGAAGCCAAGACAAACUGCACAAAUGAAGAGAAGUGCACAGGAACAUGGUAUAGCGGACCAUGGUCUCCAUGCAGCGCUGAGUGCGGAGGUGGUGAACAAGAGCGUAUGGCAGUUUGUUUGAAUUAUGACAAGCAGCCGGUGCCAGAAUGGUGUGAUGAGGAGGACAAACCUGAACUCAAACAAGAAUGUAACAAGGACCCAUGCCCAACUUGCUUCGACUCCGAUUUUGGUUGCUGUCCGGAUAACAGCACUUUUGCUACCGGAGACUUCAAUCAGGGCUGCUCAAAUUGUUCAAUAAGCGAAUUUGGUUGUUGUGCUGAUAACUACACCGAAGCGACCGGUAAAAAUGGCAUGGGUUGUCCUGAAUUUGUCGAGUCGCCUUUGAAUUUGGAAGAAGCAAAAGAUGAGGAAGGAUCUGGCGACCAAGAUGAAUGCCAGGUCACAAAUGAAGAUGGCGAAACGGCCACUGUUAGCUGUGCCAUUGCAAAUGCUACUUCUACUGAUACCGAUGAUUUCUUUGGAAACAGCACCGAUACCAACACUACCGACACGGACACUAAUUCCACUAUGCAUUGCUCAAAGUCAGAAUUUGGAUGUUGUCCAGACUGGUACACACCCGCAGAAGGGCCAAAUAAUGCUGGUUGCCCAGUCUUCGUACUUGGAGUUUGUAAUGAAACCGAGUAUGGUUGCUGUCAUGACGAAGUUACGCUCGCCCGUGGGCCAAACCUUGAAGGGUGUGGCGAGCCAACAUGCGCAGGAUCACUGUAUGGAUGUUGUAAAGAUAGGAAGACGAUAGCUUUUGGGCCACAUUAUGCUGGAUGUGAAAGGUCGUCCUUCCCUUGCGAAUUAUCCUCAUAUGGAUGUUGUUCCGAUGGCGAGACUGCCGCACUAGGACCCAAUGGCACCGGAUGUGGAGAAAAUUGCUUGACUACCAAGUACGGUUGCUGUCCCGAUGGUAAGACUACCGCUAAAGGUCACCAUAAUGAAGGAUGCGGUUGUGUUUACGCACAAUAUGGAUGCUGUCCCGAUGGGAAGACUUCGGCUAAGGGAGCUGGAUUCUAUGGAUGUCCAGACACUUGCGCGCAAAGCCAGUUCGGGUGUUGCCCUGAUGGCAAGACCCCAGCUCGUGGAUCACAUAAGGAAGGUUGUCCAUGCCAAUACACAAGAUAUGGAUGCUGCCCUGAUGGAGAAACCACAGCUCUGGGACCAAGAAACGAUGGAUGCGAUGACUGCAGAUAUGCCAAAUAUGGUUGCUGCCCUGACGGUGAAAGUAAAGCCAUUGGUCCCGAUUAUGCUGGAUGUCCAUCAACCACCCUGGCUCCAUUCCUUCUUGGAGGAACCGUUGCUCCAUCGAAGAUCUCAUCAUGUGCCCUGCCACAAGACCAGGGAUCAGUAUGCUCAUCUGGUUAUAAACUCGUGUGGUACUACGAUACUACCGAAGGACGUUGUUCACAGUUCUGGUAUGGAGGUUGUGAGGGUAACGACAAUAGAUUUGCCACGAAGGAGCAAUGCGAGACGAUCUGCGUUGAGCCACCAGGCAUUGGACGAUGCUACCUACCCAAAGUUGAGGGACCACUGAGAUGCGAUGUUCCACAGGCUAGAUAUUGGUACGACUACAAUACCAAGCAAUGCGCAGCAUUCUGGUGGAGAGGAUGCCACGGAAAUGCUAAUAACUUUGGUUCCUGGGAAGAAUGCAGUACUUAUUGUAAGGAUGUGGGACCAUACGAGGUGUCCACGACUCCAGCGCCACCUCCACCACCACCACCUCAGCCAUUCCUACCGCCAGUUGAUGUAGAUGAAAACGAAAACGAUUUCGCAAUAAAUCCUCCCGCCUCCGAAGAACAACCUGCACAAGAACCAGGUCCAAGAAGUGACGAACGAGCACGUCCACCAGUUGAUGAACGACAACGUCCACCAGUUGAUGAACGACGACCUCCACCAGCUGAUGUACGACAACGUCCGCCAGCUGAUGAACGAGCACGUCCUCCAAUGCCCACAAUCGAGGAGGUCUGCCGAUCCACGCAAGAUUCCGGACCAUGCCAGGACUACUCGGAUCAGUACUAUUAUGAUGCAUACAAAGGAACCUGCCAAACAUUCAUCUAUGGUGGAUGCGGUGGAAACCUGAACAGAUUCCGCACGGAAGACGAAUGCAUGCGAAGAUGUGGUUUCAUGAGCGCAAGACGAGGUGCCGAAGGCCAAGGAAAUCCACAAAAUCCACAAUCACCAAACUAUGAUCGUGAUGAACAACAACCACAACAACCAGACGCUCGACAGCAACAACCACAGAAUCCACAGUAUCCCCAACAUCCACAGUACCCACAGAAUCCACAGUAUCCGCAAAAUCCACAGUAUCCUCAGCAAUCACAGCAACAACCACAGGAUAUGGUACGACCACCAUUCCCAGGUGUUCCACAGCCAUCUCAAACCCAGGGUAAAUCCCGACAAGUCUGUCAUCUACCGCUUGAUGUUGGCAAAUGCCAAGGAUCCUUUGAUAGCUGGUACUAUGAGCUGGCUACCGGAUCAUGCGUGGAGUUUAAAUAUUCUGGAUGUUCUGGAAAUGCUAAUCGAUUCGCAUCGAGAGAAGAAUGCGAGUCCACUUGUGUGCGCCAGCCUGAAUCUUCGGCUAGUAGAGAAUCUGGUGAAGAAACUUCUAUUUGUGAUGAGAUCAAAGACACUGGUCCAUGCACCAACUUCGUAACGAAGUGGUACUACAACAAAGUUGACGGCACUUGCAACCGAUUCCAUUAUGGAGGCUGUGAAGGUACCGGAAAUCGAUUCGACAACGAGCAAAGUUGUAAAGCAGCUUGCGCAAACCACCAAGAUGCCUGCACAUUGCCAAAAGUGCAAGGUCCAUGCUCUGGUAAACACGAGUACUACUAUUUCAACACAAUCUCAAAACAAUGUGAGAAAUUCGUCUAUGGUGGAUGUUUGGGCAAUACGAAUCGUUUCUCAACACAAGAAGAAUGCCAAGCGCGCUGUUCGCAGUACACAAAUCAAGAGCCGCAACAGCGUUCAAUGAGAGAUGACCCAAUGAAAAAUGAUGAGGAGAACGUACCGAAGCCAAACAUCGACUUAUGUCUUUUGCCUUUGGAUGCAGGAGAGUGCAGGGCCUACAUAACAAACUACUACUAUGAUUACACCAAUGGAAUAUGCCGAGAAUUUAUUUAUGGUGGUUGUGGUGGUAACGCAAAUCGUUUCGAGACCGCCGAUGACUGCGCUGCGCGAUGUGCGCAUCGUCAUCAAGAACGGCGAGAGCUUGCCCGUUCAUUCUUCGAAGACGAACCAAAUUCCCCGAAACAGAUCGAAAAAGAAGGUGAGCCAGGAUUUACGGAUAGAUAUGAACCGGAGAGCAGCGAAGCCAAUGAUGAUGCGCUGCGCGGUAUUGACUAUGACGAGAAGAAAGUCCUGGCAGUACAACGUGGCCCGCUUUCACCAUAUACACUUCCUGAGUUGUGUGGUUUACCAGAAGAACAUGGAUCAUGUUACGACGAUAUUCUUCGAUGGAGAUUCGACCCUGAGAAAAAGUCCUGCACAUCAUUUAUGUAUGGUGGAUGCGACAUGAAUGCUAAUCACUUCACUAGCGAGGAAGAUUGCGAACGCGCUUGUGGAUCGUGGCGAGCAACACCCGUUUGCUUGCUUCCUCCCGAAGUUGGCCAUUGUGAAGCAUCAGUGAGCAAAUGGUAUUACGAUAAGGGUAAAGACACUUGUCAAAUAAUGUACUGGACCGGAUGUGGUGGAAACGGGAAUAGAUUCUCGUCGAGGGAAGAUUGCGAAUCUCUUUGCCGAGAAGAAACAUCAUGGGAAGACAGAGCAGAUGUUUGUAAAUUACCACGCUCAUCUGGUCCAUGUCGUGAUGCCAUUUCCAUGUGGUAUUUUGAUUCAAAUGAAGAAACCUGCAAGCAGUUUACCUACUCUGGCUGUCGUGGCAACGAAAACAGAUUCCCUACAAAGGAACGUUGCGAAAGGAGAUGUAUAGAAAAAAUAGAAGAUGAUGCCUUCAGCGUAAUCGUAGGAGACGAAGAUAUUGUUAUAAAACCUGCUAAAAAGAUACCUGACGUGCGACUCUAUGCUAAUCCAGUUGGAAAUUUCACAGAAGGAGAUAAGAUCGAACUGACAUGUGACAGUGAAGAUUUGCGGCCGAUUGUUUGGCGAAAAGAUGGGCAACUACUACAAUUUACCAGAAGAAUCCAGGAAGAUGACCGGUUCAGAAAGGUCGUCAUAGCUCGCGCUAUGCCGGCAGACAGCGGUGAAUACCGAUGUGCUGCAGGAGCAGAUGGUAUUGAAAGCAACUCUCUCACCAUAACUGUCACUUCAUUUGUCACUACGACUGGAGUUCCUUCUUGCGCAAAAGAUAUUGGUACACAAAAAACAUGUGCAUUAAUAGUACAGAAUGGUUUGUGUGCGAAGAAACGUUACAGAGAUUUUUGCUGUAAAUCAUGUUCUUCAUCAUAGAAGAGAAUAAACAUAUUAUAAAUUUUGAAUGAUCUACGAG